CAGUGUGUGGGCAUUGACCUCAGCUCAGUGUUUGUACAGUCGGUCAGUUUGUCAGUCGUCAGCGUGAAGAAGAGGACGGAGACGGACAGGGGACAUCGCCAUGACAACUGAGUACCAUGACGAGACUGAAGACGACAGCAGCUCCUUCUGGAACAAAGAGCCUGCACCUGUCUUCCUCUCAGGUGUCUCCAGGUUCAGACGCUGGUUGUUUCCUGCUCUGACAGCUGCUGUCAUCCUGAUCCUGAUCAUCUCACUGGGAGCCAGCAACAGCAGCACGUGGAGCAGACUGUGGUCGGUGGAGAAAAGUGUCUCCAACCUGACGGAGGUACAGAGCGCCGGACAGCAGCUCACACAAGGUGCAGCCAAAGACAUUCAUCGUCUCAAGUUUGCCGUGGAGAGCAACAAGGACCAGCUGACCUCAGUGUCGGAGGCGCUGAAGCAGCUGUCGGCUCUGGACUCCCUCAGCAGGACGGUCGCCACGCUCAAGUGUUCCCUCGAACGCAUCAUCAACAACGGUUCUGUGGGGGACGGCUGCUGUCCUCUUGAUUGGACUCUUUCUGGCUCCAGUUGUUAUUUCUUCAGUAAGACCGCUCUGGCCUGGGACGAUGCCAGAAACUGGUGCGACGGACACGAAUCUCACCUGGUCAUCAUGAACACUGACGAGGAGUGGACCUUUGUGACCCAUCACAGCAUGGGAACCUUCUACUGGGUGGGUCUGACCGAUGAGAGGACGGGACACUGGGAGUGGGUCAACCAGACGCCGUACGUCAUGAACCGCAGACGGUGGCGACCCGGUCAGCCCGACAGCUGGACCGGUCACGGUUUCGGGCCCGGAGACGAGGACUGUGCUCACCUUCACAGCGACGGACGCCUCAACGACCUGCACUGCUCCCCAGGCUGCGCUACAUCUGCCAGAGACACAGCCAGCGCAGCUGAGCAGCAGGCUCCGCCCACACACCGCUCACCUCACACAGGUGUUCAUCUACUGCGGACUGCAAACACAAACACCAUCAAGUCGUUGUCUUAGUUUUACUUCCUGUUCAGACUCAAACAGCCAACGAAUCUCCAAAUAUGCAUUGUGUGAAUCAGUCUGAUAUUUCUCCAAUAAACACAUCGAUGAGUCUCA